AGUAUGUAGAGUGCUUCUUGUAAACUUAACUCAAUCUCUGGUCUCUUAUCUUCAUUCUGUUCAACAGCUGACUAGCGCAUACUUUCACUUACAAGAUGAAGACGCUAUUUUUUUUGUCAGCAGUUCUGAUCACGCUACUGUGUUGUCUCUCUAAACAUGCGGAUGCCCAGGAGAACGAGUGCGUCCAGAAUGGGGGCCACUGUAUCUUCAUGGCCGCGGCGGUAGCCUGCUAUCACCAGCUGCAGUUGUCUUGUGGUUCAAACAGCUAUUUCUGUUGCAAGCCUAACAUCCGCUCACUGGAAGAAGCAGAGAGAGUUAUCGAUCUUGUUGGACAGACCGAGAUGACGCCAUGUGAAGGUCAAGGGAAUGGAAGCUGCCUGUCUAUUUAUUCUAGAAUCUUCUGCCCCCAAAAACUGGACUUACCAUGCGGAGAUAACUCCCUGUAUUGUUGUCAAAUGAAUAAAAUCGCAAGGGCAAUUGAAAAGACUGAAUGUGCGAAACUAGAGACUGGAGUCUGCCUUUCCGUUUAUUCGGAAAUAUAUUGCCCUAAAAAACUGGACACGUCAUGUGGAGAUAAAUCUUUGUAUUGCUGUCAACUGAGCUGAUUUUUUAAAUAAAUGAAAGAGUUAUCUCCCA